CGUCAAAUUUCUACCACUAGACCAUACUCUCUGUACCAAAUUUCACAACUUUUUUCUCCCCAUCACUGUUCUCUGGACCAAGCAGCUGGAUUUAGGGUUUCCUCUUUUCUCUUCGAACUCAGGUAUCCCUUUGUCUCACCUGGCAUCACUUUUCAGAAUGGUCGCUCUUUGUGUUGGUGUCGAUGGUGUUGGGGAUUUAGUCUGAAGAGAAUAGACAACUGGAAGGGAUUAUUCUUGACCUCAACUGAUAUUCUUCAUUUUCUUUCUGAAAAAAAUGGAGGAUGAAAAUGGACUUGAGCUUAGCUUGGGUCUAUCUUGUGGUGGAUCAUCUGCCAAAUUCAAGGGUAAAAGUGGUGCUCCCUCGAAUACUAAAGCAGAAGAAGGUGAUAGAAGCACCAAACUAGUGGAUGAUUUUAAGGACUUUCUUCAUGGUGGGGCUCAGAAACAAGACUCAAGUAGUAGCUCUCAAAGAAGUGAUUCAGUGAAACCUAAGGAAAACUUCUUUAAUGACCUUUCCAAGGCCAAUGUUGAUGCAGAUGCGUCAAUCAACUUGAACGGGAGAGGAGUCUGGGUUGCCAACAAUAACAAGUCUGAUGAAUUAGAAGAGGAAAAACGGUCAGAGGCUGGAAACAAACGCAAGAGUUUGUUCGACGAGAUGAACCAUCAAAAGAAGCAUGAGAGAGAAACUCAUUACACUGAUGUGCAUGACAAGACGAGAACAUCACACAUUUCCAUAACAGAGGAUGGCUCAACUGCUGAAAAUGAAGACGUGGCAGAUUCUGAAGUGGAGGGUUCAUCCUCAGUGCUGAUUUCCCAACAUGAUGAGGGAUCUAAGCGAUUUGUUGGAUCCGGUGACUCUUCCGAAGCUCAGAAGGAGGUUCGCCGGUUUGCUGAAUCAAGUGUUGUGGACCUAAAUGGGCAGAAGAGGUUUAAUAUUUCAGCUGAAAAUAAGCUUGGGAACAUGGCAUAUGGCAGUCCAUUCUCAGUGCAAUCAGUAAACAUGAUGAACAUGCCUUACUCUCUUCCUAUGAAGGAGUCUAGCUCUGUUGGUGCCACCAGCACAUCGGGUCAUCCGAUGCAUGGAAUGAUGCAGGUGAUGCCUACUGUGACUAGUGAGCGAUCAGGGACUCAACCUGUGAAUCCUGGAAACUUGCCAGUUUUGUUUGGCUAUUCACCAGUCCAGCUCCCAAUGUUGGAUAAGGAUAAUUCUUGGGGUUUGGUUCCUCACACUCAACAAUUCCAUCCUUCCUAUGCUGGCAGAAAUCCACCAAACUCAGCUGGGAUGCAAGUAAUUUCACAUAAUUCAUCUGAUGUAGCACAAUAUGAUGGGAGGAUGUUAGAACGUGGCAGAGGCGAUGGCAAACAGAAUGUCACUGAAGAGGGCUCCUCUUCUCAGGCAGAAGAAGACAUGAAAGUAAACAGCACGAACCUCAGGAUAAAAGAUGCACCUGACCCCUCAACGGCAGAGGACUUCUCUCUUGAUUUUUCAGCUAUAAAACCAGGUAUUGCUGCAGACAUAAAAUUUGGGGGAUCUGGUUCCCGCCCAAAUCUGCCAUGGGUUUCUACCAAAGGUCCAGGCCCAAACGGUAGGACAAUUUCUGGCGUUACUUACAGAUAUGGGGCAAACCAAAUCAGGAUAGUUUGUGCUUGCCAUAGUUUGCACAUGUCCCCCGAAGAGUUUGUUCGUCAUGCAAGCGAAGAACCUUCUAAUCCCGAAAGUGGCACUGGUAUGGCGACGUUUCCAAAUGGCAAUCCUGCGGCCUCUGCUCAGAGCUGAUUCUGUACCAUGUGUGCGGUAUGUUUAACCAAACUAAUAAAUAUCAAUACAUGGUCAGGAAAACCUGGCGACGUUUCGGUAUCUUUAACUUAUCUCUGUACUUGUGUAGUGUAGCCUCCUCCUAUCAGUUCCCUCAUCUGCUGGAAUCUAAUAUUUGCAGGUAUAUGUAAUAAUAUUCCAUCAUUAUUCCAUUGUGAUAUUUAAGGCAAAAUAUUUCAGUUCUACCCUAGUAGUUCUUGAGCAAGGUGUCUUUACUUAUAAAUUCCGUUUAAACUUGAAGACAAUCUUUACAACAAUUCAUGGAAUUUCUGAGUUUUAA